GUUACAACAGCAAAACCUUAACUGAAGCCAGGCAAACACACUCAGUCUCAUCUCUCAGUGGCUUUGUGCAUCUAGGUCUGGCAAAACAACACUCUCCCCCCCUCCUCCUUCCUCUCUCUGCAAAAAGUGAGCAAACUAGCACAGAGAAACUUGAAGAACAGAUUUCAGCUGUGAGACAUUUCAACAGAUCAAGUAAUGGCCUGGAUGAGUAAUAUCUCCUGGUUUAAUCACCUUGCUCUACAUGAAGAACGUUUCAGAAGGUACUUAAACAGCACUGAGGAUUACUUAGCCUUCCUAUGUGGGCCCAGACGGAGCCAUCUGUUCUUGCCUAUGGCUUUGGUGUACACCCUGAUCUUCGUUGUUGGGGUGGUAGGGAACAUCUUAGUUUGCCUGGUAAUCCUCAAACACCGGAACAUGAAGACCCCGACCAAUUACUACCUCUUCAGUCUCGCCAUCUCAGAUCUGCUUGUGCUGCUUUUUGGAAUGCCACUGGAACUCUACGAGAUGUGGAGCAACUACCCCUUCUUGUUUGGGCCCAUCGGCUGCUAUUUGAAGACGGCACUUUUUGAGACAGUGUGUUUUGCCUCCAUUCUCAGUGUGACCACAGUUAGCGUGGAGAGAUACAUUGCCAUCCUCCAUCCUUUCCGUGCCAAGCUGGAAAGCACUCGCAAGCGUGCCCUGAGGACCAUCGUUGUGCUUUGGGUUCUCUCUGUCCUCUUCGCCCUCCCCAACACAGGCACCCAUGGCAUCAUGCUGCAGUAUUUCCCUAAUGGCACUCUGAUCCCUGGCUCUGCUACCUGCACUGUAGUCAUGCCUAUGUGGAUCUACAACUGUAUUGUCCAGAUUACUUCUUUUCUCUUCUAUGUGCUGCCUAUGGGGGUAAUAAGUGUGCUGUACUAUCUGAUGGGGUUAAGAUUGAAAGGAGACGAAUCUUUGGAAGUGGAGGAAAUGGCUGUGAAUGUUCAGAGACCAUCCAGGAAAUCAGUUACCAAGAUGUUGUUUGUCCUCGUGAUGGUUUUUGCUAUCUGCUGGGCUCCAUUCCACAUAGAUCGACUUUUCUUCAGCUUUGUUGUGGAAUGGACUGAGCCUCUGGCUAAUAUCUUCAACUUAAUUCAUGUGGUGUCAGGUGUUUUCUUCUAUCUGAGCUCUGCUGUGAAUCCCAUCAUUUACAAUCUGUUGUCCCAGCGCUUCAGGAUGGCUUUUCUCAGCGUGAUUUCUCCUUGCUGCAAGCACUGGGCUCCUAAACAUUCCACUAGCAAGACUUCUACGCAGCAGAACAUCUUUGUGGUUGAGGACCACAAUCUCAUGGAUUCUGCUGAAGACACAAGUCUUCCCGGCACACACAGGACAUCUGUCAGCAGUUCUCAGCUCUCUACUGGUCUGUGACUUUCCAUUUUGUGAUCCAGGUGAGAGAAGCUAAAGAAAAUUACUUUAAGAAAGAAAAAGAGAAGGGUCCCUCAAAAAGACUGAUUUCAGCAAGAAGAGCUCACAGAGGUGUCUUGUUGAAUGAAUGAACUAGGAGACUGUAAUUAGCAGGUCAUUAAGAAGCAUUGUAUUACCCUCAAGCUAAUAGGAGGGCUGGAAAUUUCAGUUUACUGUCUGCAAGCUAUGCCAGCAAAGAGCUGCUUUAGAAAAAUGAGGCACACUCCCAAUGUUACCAACACAGGAGGGAGACACAGCUUAUCCAAGCCUCACUGAAUGGCUUUUUGUGCACUAGCCUAAACAGUUUUUAUUUAUUUUGAAAUGGGGCAACUUGCUGCACAAACCUUGUCUACCCACUCCUAGCUUUAGGCAAGACAGUCUCACUUCUCUCUCUUACCACCUUCUGUGGCUGUUGCAAGAAUCUCUUGGCAACGACCAAGUAGGCAUGAACAAGAGCAGCUCUGAGCUGGGCUGAAAAACAUCAGGCAACAGCAUCAGCAAUAGCUAUUUCUGGGCUAGAAGAACCAGGGAGCCAAUAACUGUAAAAUAAAUGUAAAGGAAACUUCUGCUUUCUGAGCUAAGUGAAGGUUUGGGCUCAGGGGGUGUGAAUCAUUUUGUCAAAAAAAGUACUCUUUAGUGGGUUACUUUUCCAAGUCUGAAAGUCACUGCCAUAUCUCCUCAUACUGUGUCUGACAGCAUCUACACAGUGCUGAAAUGGCAAAUGCAUGCCCCAAAAUCAUCUACAUUACCUGGGAAACAGCCAUUAUUGGGGGCUGAGGAUGUUUCUGGUGUGGAUCCUUUGCCCAAAAAGCAGCUAGUGAGGGAUAUCUGCCCAGGGAAUGUGAAAAGUCUGCAGCCUUUUCAGGCUUCUCCUGUGCAUCCGAGAGUUUUUUUAUUGCCCAUCUGCCGAAACUGAGUCUGACCAUGUACAUAUGGACUGAGGUAGGUCCCAGCUAUCCCCCAUAUCCUGAAGUUUGCAAGAACUUCUUAUCAUCACUUGAACUUCAGAUACUUAUGUGUUGUCUCUAUCAGUGAAGCCCUACAGUCGUGCUUCAGCAGACUUUACUGCCGCCUGUACCAGGUGGAUUGCAGAAGUCAGAGGUCUACGUGGGGUUAGCAACCACCAAGAAAAGACCUGGACAGCAUUCACAAUACAUGGAAAUGGGACAAUCCUGCAGGCUCAGAGAAGCUGAUGUAAAGGCGAUUAAAAAAAGAGGUCGAUAUCGCAUCUACUGAAUUCAGGAUUUGCACAAAAAGCACAAUAUAAGAUCUGAGAAACUGUUCCACAUCCCAGUCAUGCAAACAGAUCCUGAAGGCAGUAGACUUAUAUCCAAGCUGAUGAGCUCCUGAGCUCUGCUGACUGCAGGGUUGGGAUCCUAUUGAGUUUCGUAAAGUGAGGCCACAGUGAAUCUGUUACAUAGCAAAGAAUUUUAUAAACCUCUGUCUCCCAAGUUUCAAAGCCUUUUUGUUGUGUUUCAGAGAAACACCUCUCUUGUGAACCAUGACACAGGGCUAGAGAUUUAGUCACCACACUGGGCUCAGGCUUGGCAAUCACUGCCAUAGGAAAUCAUCCAACGUGUGUCUUCAAGGGGCUGGGACUUACACAGUCAGAGUACACAGAGUUUUCAUAACGAAUAGGAACAUGAGUUCCUGAAAAAUUAUACUCUGUAUGUACAAAGCCUUACUGCAGCCUAGUCACUGGGGAUCCAGAUGACAUUUCCCACCACCGGAGGAAGCAGUUAAUACUACUGCUGCCUCAAUGGAUUCUUACCUUGUUUGCCCCAAAGUCUAUUUUGACUCUCGCUGCAGGACUCUUAAGUGAAGCGAGACCUGCCACGGUAGCUGGCAAGUCAACUUUUCCUGCAGCACAGAAGGAAUUUUAGCCUGUGUUUUCUAUCAAACCCAUUUUACCAGCUGCAAUCUUGAGAAACAAGACAUAGAGAGGUUAACAGAGACACGCAAAGCCCUGGAGAGAAAAGGCAGUUCCUUCUCCCUGAAGACACAGCUGAAAUACUUUGCCACCCCCAAGUGGACACUUGAGUUUUACCAGUGACAUUUACUUUUCUAAGCAGCUUCGUAUUAUCCCAUUUCCCUCCACCAGACAUUAAAGUGUGUUUUCCCACUGGACUUGCCAUGCUGGUGGUGCUACCUGUGAGCUGCCCAGGGACAACCUUGACAGAGACUGAAUGGGAUUUCCUCCCUCACCCUGUGCCUCACUUGUGCAACUCCCUAGCUGAGCUCAGGGGGUUAUGCUCCUUAUCCCAGCUGUGUGCACUGCAAGUGUGUCUUCUUCUCCACUAUCCUAGACACCCAGCCAAAGCAGUGAGGAGACAGUAUAGUUUGACAUACUCACAGAUCCACCAUAUGAUGGAGCCAUUCUUCUGCAAGAUUU